AAAAUGAAUGUGAGCAGGAGCUUCAAGCAUUUGGAUUUAAGUUGGAAUUCAUUAAGUGGAGAUAUUGCACAAAUCUUGUGGAGUCUUGGACCUCUGGAGUACCUUGCAUUAGAUGGUAACGAGCUCAAUGGACAUAUUUCAGAAAUAGUGAAAAUUUUCUCAAGUAGCUUGCGAUAUUUAAGUUUGAGAUCCAAACACAUUACCGGAAACAUUCCACAAACUAUGGAGAAUCUCACCAAUUUGGAAUUCUUGGAUCUCUCAGACAAUAACAUUAUUAGAGGUAUACCAACAGUUUUUUGUGAUCUCAUCAACUUGGAAAGCUUAAGAUUAUCGAAAAAUAAUAUUUCAGGACAAAUACCAGAAACUAUUGGGAAUCUCACCAAUUUGGAAUACUUGGAUCUCUCAUACAAUAAAAUUACUGGAGGUAUACCAACAGCUUUUGGUAAUCUUGGCCAGUUGGAGAGCUUGUCAUUAUUGAAUAAUAAUAUUUCAGGACAAAUACCAGAAAUUAUUGGGAAUCUCACUAAUUUGAAAUACUUGAAUCUCUCAAGCAAUAACAUUAUUAGAGGUAUACCAAUAGCUUUUGGUGAUCUCAUUAAAUUGGAGAACUUGAACUUGUUAGGAAAUAAGAUUUCAGGACAAAUACCAGAAACCAUUGGGAAUCUCACGAAUUUGAAAUACUUGGAUAUCUCAUUCAACAACAUUAUCGGUGGUAUACCAAUGGCUUUUGGUAAUCUCAUCAACUUGGAGAGUUUAUUAUUGCGGAAAAAUAAUAUUUCAAGACAAAUACCAAAAAUUAUUGGGAAUCUCACAAAUUUGGAAUACUUUGAUCUUUCAUACAACAACAUUGUUGGAAGUAUACCAAUGAAUUUUGAUAAUCUUAACAACUUGAAGAGCUUGGAUUUGUCACAAAAUAAGAUUUCAGGACAAAUACCAGGAACUAUUGAGAAUCUCCAAAAUAUACAAUCUCUAUAUUUAUAUGAUAAUUUUAUUAUUGGGCAGAUACCAGAGACCUUCAACAGACUCUACAACUUGCAAUUAUUGGAUGUAUCACGUAACCACUUAACAAGGUUAGUAGCUGAGACUUUGAAUGGGCUCUGCAAUUUGAGUUUUAUAGAUUUGUCACAUAACCAUAUUGGUGGAGAGUUAAGCGAUCUAAUUGAUAGUUUACUACAUUGUGAACAAAGAGCCACUCUAUAUUUAUCUAUUAGUGGCAACAAUUUGAGUGGGAUUGUCCCUUCAAGUAUGGGUGAAUUAUCUGCAUUACAAGUAUUAGACCUCUCCUCAAACUUGUUGGAAGGUAAUAUCACUGAAGCACACUUUUCCAAACUCACCAACUUGGAACACUUGGACAUAUCUUACAACUCCUUUAAUGUGAUCCUAUCUAAUGAUUGGCUUCCACCUUUUAAUGCCAACCUUAUUAUCAUGAGCUCAUGUCAUUUGGGAACUAGAUUUCCUGUUUGGAUUCAAACACAAACAAAUUUGAAAUAUCUUUCUUUAUCUGAAGUUGGACUCUCCGGUAACCUUCCAACUUGGUUUUCAGAUAUCUCAACAAGUUUGUGGUAUCUUAACUUGAGUUCCAAUAACUUGAAUGGCCCACUACCCACUGCUCCUCCCGGGGAAGUAAUCGAUCUCUCCAAUAACUCAUUUGUUGGACCCAUUCCGUUGAGUUUUGCAAAUGGCCCAUACCUUCAAAUUUUGUCUUUAGCUCAUAACAAUAUCAAUGGUAGUUUUUUUUCCUUUUUCUGUAAUCUUAAUUCUCUCCGAGUCCUCGACCUAUCAAACAAUAAUUUAUCUGGGAAAGUCUCAAAGUGUCAUAAAUCAUUCCCAACUUCUUUACAAUCUUUGCAUCUGAACCACAACAACUUGUCUGGAAGAUUUCCUUCCUUCCUGAAACAUUGUGAACAAUUGGUUACUCUCGAUCUUGGUGAAAAUAAUUUGUUUGAUGAAAUACCAAUAUGGAUGGGAGAAAAUCUUUUAUCCUUGAGAGUUCUUAGUUUGAAGUCAAACCUAUUUUAUGGUACUAUUCCAGUGCACAUAGCAAAUCUUACUUCUCUCCAAGUUUUGGAUCUUUCUUCCAACAAUCUUUCUGGUAGCAUACCUUCAUCUCUUGGAAAUUAUAAUGCUAUGGUUGAGAUACGGCAUGAUACUACAUCGUUGCUUCAUCUUGUUGAUGGUGGUUAUUAUGGCGAGAGCAUAGUAAUAACAGCAAAAGGAUAUGACAUCCAAUACACCACAAUUCUCUCACUUGUAACGAGCAUAGACCUAUCAAACAAUAAUCUUUCCGGCGAGAUCCCAAGAGAGCUAACAAACCUGCAUGGAUUGCAUUUCUUGAACUUAUCCAAGAAUCAUCUGAGAGGAACCAUUCCAGAAAAGAUUGGUUCCAUGGAACAACUGGAAUCACUUGACUUAUCGAUGAAUAAUCUCACAGGAGAUAUUCCUUCCAGCUUUUCAUCUCUCAACUUCCUAAGCCACUUGAAUCUCUCUCACAAUAACUUGUCAGGAAGAAUUCCAACAGCCGGUGGUCAAAUGUCGACCUUCAUUGACGACCCGUCAAUCUACGAUGGUAAUGAAUACCUUUGUGGUACGCCACUGCCAGAGUGCCCUGGUGAUGCAGCUCAUCAAAGUCCACCUCAUGAACAGGAAGAGAAAAACGGUGACAGGCUUGAAACAGUGUGGGAAAUUACCAGCAUCGUCAUGGGUUUUGUGGUUGGUUUUUGGAGUUUUGUUGGAACAAUGAUCAUGAAACAGAGCAUAAGGAUUGCGUUCUUUCGAUUUUUCGACAAGGCUUACGAUUGGUGCUACGUGCAGUUGGCAGUCGGAUGUGCAAGGUUAAAGUCCAAACGGCAAAGUGUGACUUGAUCCAUCGGUGGCAAGAACCGAAGAGUUUUCUGUUACAUUUUAAGGAGGUCUCAAGUUGCUUUUCCAGUUAGUAAUUCCAGCUCGUAUGUUAUCGUAUAAUGUUGUCAGAAUAAAGAAGGAAAAGGGUUUCGCAGUUGUUGGCCUUUUGCUUCAUUAGUAUGUAUGUAUUUGUUCUAAUCGGUUCAAAAACUUCAUCAUCCGUCGUUCUAAUCAAUAUGUUCAAGUCAGUCAUCCCUACCGCUGUCUUUAUGACAUUAUAAUCAACCAGAAAGAAGUAUGCCGAAGAGCUUAUUGUUACAUCUUGAGGUCGCAAGCUGCUUUCAAGUAAUGCUGUAUGUAAUCAUCAUGCAAUGCUGUCAGAAUAAAGAAGAAGUAUCGUCGUUGAUGACCUUUGGCUUCAUCAAUAUCAUCAUAAACAAUCAAUGUUGUCCAGAGAUUGAGAAACAAGAAGUUGUCAUAAAUUGUUCAACGCAUCAGUUGUCAAAGAUUAGAGCGCACAAACAUCAAGAAAUUGAAUGUCGUCCAGCAGAAGCAUUUAGUUCUCCAGCCUCCAUCUAAGCAGAAGUGUGAAUAGACUACUGGAUUCCAUUAAGGUGUUGCAGUCUGCUGACAUAAUGGCUUACUUCAGCAGAUUCCAGCUGAGAAACAUGAACAACUUCAAAGAAACCACACCACCUCACCACGUUCAAUUUCUUUUCUCAUUGGGCAAUUAUCAGAAUGGCCAGCCAGCAAAAUCCAAAGAGAAAAAGGGAAAAGGCAGACAUCAGCGACAAUGAUUUAAGCUAGUAAUAUAUGCAUGGUGGGAAUGGCAAUGUAACUUUCUUGGAGUUCAAUGAUUAAGAUGUCUAUUCUCUCUUUGGACUAUAUGUUAUGGUUCAAACCACCUAACCAUUCAAAUUCUUUUCCUAUAGCCCUA